CCCGCGUGCUGCCGGGGUCGCGCCGCCGUCCAUGAGGAGAAGGAGGAGCGCGCGCCAUUUGCCGUCGCUGCUUGGGCCCGAGCUGCGCCGCGCCGGCCCCGCUCCGCAGCAUAAUAAAAUGGCUAAUCAGGUGAAUGGUAAUGCGGUACAGUUAAAAGAAGAGGAAGAACCAAUGGAUACUUCCAGUGUAACUCACACAGAACACUACAAGACACUGAUAGAGGCAGGCCUCCCACAGAAGGUGGCAGAGAGACUUGAUGAAAUAUUUCAGACAGGCUUGGUAGCUUAUGUCGAUCUUGAUGAAAGAGCAAUUGAUGCUCUUAGGGAAUUUAAUGAAGAAGGAGCCCUCUCUGUAUUACAGCAAUUUAAAGAAAGUGACCUGUCGCAUGUACAGAACAAAAGUGCAUUUUUAUGUGGAGUUAUGAAGACCUACAGGCAAAGAGAGAAACAAGGCAGCAAAGUACAGGAAUCAACGAAGGGACCAGAUGAAGCAAAGAUUAAGGCUUUGCUAGAGCGGACUGGUUACACUUUGGAUGUAACUACAGGACAGAGGAAAUAUGGGGGUCCUCCUCCAGAUACUGUGUAUUCUGGUGUUCAGCCAGGCAUUGGAACAGAGGUUUUUGUUGGUAAAAUUCCCCGAGACCUUUAUGAAGAUGAAUUGGUACCACUCUUUGAGAAAGCUGGUCCAAUUUGGGAUCUGCGUCUCAUGAUGGAUCCUCUUUCUGGUCAAAACAGAGGUUAUGCUUUCAUUACCUUUUGUAGUAAAGAUGCAGCGCAAGAAGCAGUCAAACUGUGUGACAAUUAUGAAAUCCGUCCUGGAAAGCACCUUGGAGUAUGCAUCUCUGUGGCAAACAACAGGUUGUUUGUUGGGUCAAUUCCAAAGAACAAAACUAAGGAAAACAUAUUGGAAGAGUUUGGUAAAGUCACAGAGGGUUUGGUGGAUGUAAUUUUGUAUCAUCAACCUGAUGAUAAAAAGAAGAAUCGAGGAUUCUGCUUCUUGGAAUAUGAGGAUCACAAGUCAGCAGCGCAAGCUCGCCGACGCCUGAUGAGUGGGAAAGUAAAAGUCUGGGGAAAUGUUGUUACAGUGGAAUGGGCUGAUCCAGUAGAGGAACCUGAUCCAGAAGUCAUGGCAAAGGUUAAAGUUUUAUUUGUAAGAAACUUGGCCACUACUGUGACAGAAGAAAUUCUUGAGAAAUCCUUUUCUGAAUUUGGAAAGCUGGAAAGAGUAAAGAAGUUGAAGGAUUAUGCGUUUGUUCAUUUUGAGGACAGAGGUGCAGCAGUGAAGGCUAUGAAUGAAAUGAAUGGGAAAGAGAUAGAAGGGGAAGAAAUUGAAAUAGUAUUAGCAAAGCCACCGGAUAAGAAAAGGAAAGAACGUCAGGCUGCCAGACAGGCCUCCCGGAGCACUGCGUAUGAAGAUUAUUAUUACUACCCUCCGCCUCGCAUGCCACCUCCUAUUAGAGGCCGAGGCCGUGGAGGAAGAGGUGGAUAUGGCUAUCCCCCAGAUUACUAUGGCUAUGAAGAUUAUUAUGAUGAUUACUAUGGCUAUGACUAUCAUGACUACCGUGGUGGCUAUGAAGAUCCCUAUUACGGCUAUGAUGAUGGCUAUGCUAUAAGAGGAAGAGGAGGAGGAGGAAGGGGUGGGAGAGGUGCCCCUCCACCACCUAGGGGGCGGGGAGCACCACCACCAAGAGGUAGAGCUGGCUACUCACAGAGGGGGGCACCCAUGGGACCGCCGAGAGGAGCCAGGGGGGGGAGAGGGGGCCCUGCGCAGCAGCAGAGAGGACGUGGUGCUCGUGGAGCCAGGGGCAACCGUGGGGGCAACGUAGGAGGCAAGAGAAAGGCAGAUGGGUACAACCAACCUGAUUCCAAGCGCCGUCAGACCAACAACCAGCAGAAUUGGGGCUCCCAACCCAUCGCUCAGCAGCCGCUCCAGCAAGGUGGUGACUAUGCCGGUAACUAUGGUUACAAUAAUGACAACCAGGAAUUUUAUCAGGAUACUUAUGGGCAACAGUGGAAGUAGACAAGUGAGGAGGGAUUGAGAAUAUUGGAAACAUAGAAUUGGCUAUAGUGCUACAUCUUUCAAAAAAAAAAAAAAUUGGCUUAAUGUUUCAUCCUUCAGUAGCGAUUGGCUGCCAUUUGUAUUGGGCUGAAGAAUCACUCUAUUGUGUAUAUACUCGAGUCUCUUAGUUUUCUUUUUUCAUAAACGCACUUGGACAUUACUGGGCUUGCAGAAUUCCUGAACUCCUUAUGGGGUUUCAGUGCUUUUAUCAUUUUAGGCUUCACUUUAGCAGUUUAAAAGCAGGAAUGGCACACUGUUCAAUCAUGAUUUUGCAGAACCUCUGGUUUUGGACAGUUUAUUCCUUUUUAUUUUUUUUUUUUUUUUUUUUUUUGGAUUUGGGAUAGACUACAUAGGAGUAUGCUGUACAUAAAAGUAAAAGCUAGUGCUUUGUCUUAGUAGUUUUAAGAAAUUAAAACAAAUUAAGUUUUCUUGUAUUGAAAAUAACAUGAUUGUAUGUUUUGCAUUCCUAGAAGUAGGAUAACUGUGUUUUUAAAUUGUUAUAACUUCACACCUUUUUGAAAAUCUGCCCUACAAAAUUUGUUUGGCUUAAAACGUCAAAGCCGUGGCAAUUUGUUCCUUGAUGUGAUUGUAUUUCCAAUUUCUUGUUCAUGUAAGAUUUCAAUAAAACUCAAAAAUCUAUUCAAAACAUUA